AUGUCUAAUUCAUACUAUAAUUGUCUCAUAUAUGCGCUUGUUAUCACGAUAACAUUCGUCAUUGUUCAUUCACCAACGUCUGCAGUAGUUCUUCCUCGUCAAGAUACCAUAAACAACACAGUACUUGAAGCCUCAUCCUAUCACAUCGUCUCAAGUAACCUUUGUGACCCCAGUGUAAAACAGUAUUCAGGCUAUAUAAAAACUGGACCUGGUCAACAUAUGUUUUUCUGGUUUUUUGAAUCUCGUAAAGAUCCCAAGAAUGAUCCUUUGACCUUGUGGCUCAAUGGUGGGCCCGGUUGUACGUCGAUGUUUGGCCUCUUCGUGGAAUUGGGUCCAUGCUACUCGAAAAAUAACGGUUCUGAUACAGUAAUCAAUCCUUAUAGUUGGAACAAUGUGUCAAAUAUGUUAUUCGUAGACCAGCCAAUAGAUGUCGGAUAUUCAUUUGGAAAGGGCAUCGUGAAUUCAACAGCGGAAGCCGUCGUUCCACUGUACACAUUUUUACAAAAAUUCCUCGCUCGUUUUCCUGAAUAUUCCAAACAAGACUUUCACUUCUUUGGUGAAUCGUACGCAGGACAUUAUAUACCGGCUACGGCAAAAUAUAUUUAUGAUAUGAAUCAACGAAUCUUGGAAAAAAAGGAAGAAGGAAUUUUUAUUAAUCUUAAGUCACUAGGCAUUGGGAACGGUGACGUAGAUCCGUAUACACAAAUUGCUUCGUACCCAACCUUUGCACGUUAUAGUUCUUAUGGUCAGCUUGUCUCAGAAGAUGUUAUCAAACAGAUGGAAAGCUAUCUUUCGGAAUGUAAAAGAAAAAUGGACAAAUGUGACAGAACAAACACUGAUGAUGACUGUGCUACUGGAUUCAAUUAUUGUAACCUCUAUAUAUUAGGCACUUAUGAUGCUAACUCUGGUCUCAACGACUAUGACGUUCGACUGUUCAAUACCACCGACGAAGUACCAUAUGAUUAUUUAAACUUCAUAAAUAACCCUCAAGUAAAGAAGGCAAUUGGAGCCAAAUCUUCAUUCAAAAACUGUAAUAGAGAUAUCUAUUGGGCAUUUCGAACAUCUGGGGAUCAAGGUCGGAGUUUUAAGAACCACUUCGGUUAUCUCCUGGACCGCGGUGUUCGAAUCCUCAAUUAUAACGGAGACGCGGAUUAUAUUUUAAAUUGGUUUGGCACGCGAAAUUGGACGAAUGCGCUUGAAUGGAAUCAUAAAAAGGAGUUUAACAGCGCCCCAUUUGAAGAAUGGUUCGUGCAGGGAAAGCCUGCAGGACAGUAUCAACAGGCAUACGGAUUUUGGUUUGUGAGAGUUUAUGGGGCUGGUCAUGAGGUUCCCUAUUUUCAGCCCCUUAAUUCACUCUAUAUGUUUGAAAAAUGGAUUAAUUUGUCAAGCUUGUAA